UCCCGGAAAUGACUUCACGACCGCCAGCUGGGCUUCCGCUCCUCCCGGAAGUGACGCGCGGAAGCCGGGCUCAGCGCCGCGGAGGGCCGCCGCCACCAUGGGCCGCGAGUUCGGGAACCUGGCGCGGGUGCGGCACGUGAUCUCCUACAGCCUGUCGCCCUUUGAGCAGCGCGCCUUCCCCAACUACUUCAGCAAAGGCAUCCCCAACAUGCUGCGCCGCACUCGAGAGCGCAUCCUGCGCGUGGCGCCGCCAUUUGUGGCGGUCUACCUGAUCUACACAUGGGGAAACCAGGAGUUCGAGCGGUCCAAAAGGAAGGAUCCAGCCAUGUAUGCAAACGACAAGUGAGCAGCAUGCAUCUGGAUGACAGUUUCCUGCCUUUGAAAGACCGUUCUCCAGGAGAGGAGUCUACACUGUAGUGUCUUGAAGACAAUAAACUACUUAUGGUCUUUC